AUGAUCUUUGAGCAGGACCGUCAACCCACAAACACCUGCCUUACAUCUGAUGGUACCGAGGAGAGUAUGGAGAAAAUCUAUCGUGGCCAUGCUGACGCUCCGAUCAGAAAAUUAACCUGUGAUCUCAUCAAAACCUACAAAAACAUUAAUAAGUCCUUCUAUUUGCGAAAAGCUCUUCGACGGCAUGAACAUCAGGGCGAUAUCCAAUCCUUUCACAACGCUGCAACAGGGACGGCUGUCAUUGAUGCUCAGUUAGCUAAUUCUGGAGUGACGUCGCAGUUUCAAGGAACUGAUCAUAAUAGUAUGACAAGUUUAGAAAAGCAGCAAAAUUCUGGACUGAAGGGUUUGCCUCAUUUCGAUACAAAUGCUCCACCGACGUCCCUGAUGGUCGUUCCCGCAAUACCAGAAGGCGAAGAACAUAGAAACCGCCAAAAGUCGAGCAGGGGAGGUCCACAUAAUGGUGGCUAUGAUGACAAAAAUAGUGACUAUAUACUCAAGGAUGGCGAGUGUUUCAAUGCUCGCUAUAUUAUUCUUACGGAAAAACCUAUCGGAAAAGGAUCGUUUGGACAAGUCACGAGAGCUUACGACACUGUGGCUAAAGAGGAUGUUGCUAUAAAAAUCAUAAAAAAUAAGAAGACUUUCUUCGAUCAAGCGCAGAUUGAGAUCAAAUUGUUGGAAAUGAUGAGAGCACACGACGCCGAGCGGAAGUAUAACGUCGUUUUGCUCAAGGGACAUUUCGUCCACCGGAAUCAUCUGUGUCUUGUAUUCGAGCUCUUGUCAUAUAAUCUUUACGAUCUGUUGAGGAAUACAAAUUUCCGUGGUGUUUCGCUCAAUCUUACCAGAAAGUUCGCCCAACAGUUAACGAAAACUUUGCUUUUCCUUUCGUCUCCGGAGCUAUCUAUUAUUCACUGCGAUCUCAAGCCAGAAAACGUGUUGCUGUGUAAUCCUAAGCGAUCGAAGAUCAAUAUAAUUGACUUUGGAUCUUCAUGUCAGAUCGGUCAUCGGAUUUAUCAGUACAUCCAGUCAAGGUUCUAUCGCUCUCCCGAGGUUUUGUUAGGAAUCGCCUAUGAUACAAAAAUCGAUAUGUGGUCAUUAGGUUGUAUUUUGGUGGAAAUGCACACAGGAGAACCGCUUUUUGCUGGAUCUUCGGAGUUGGAUCAAAUGAUGAAAAUUGUUGAGGUGCUUGGAAUGCCACCAAAGGAACUGUUAGACAUUGGCCCGAAGACUCACAAGUACUUUGGGAAAACAGAAGAUGGAGUCUAUUAUUGCAAGACUACGCGUGACAACUUCAACAAAUGUUACCGUGGACCAGGACACAGGAAGCUGCAUGACAUUCUAGGCGUUACCUCUGGUGGCCCGAAUGGACGACGCGCAGGAGAAUCGGGGCACUCAGUGGAAGAGUAUAGCAAGUUUAAGGACCUGAUCAAAAGAAUGUUGACGUACGAUCCAAAAACUCGUAUAUCACCAUACUAUGCUGUUCGUCAUCCGUUCUUGAGACCGAGAACUAGCCAGGGUGGGGCAUCUGCAGCUGCGGACAGUCCCACGCAUCAGUCUUCGAGAGUUAGUCAGGAUAUGUGGGGAAGCCAAAUGGACUGCACUGAGGACGCCAGUCAGUCAGUCGGAAAUUCAUCGGUAGGGCCAUCCUUAUCACAAGCUCCUGUCGGUACUGGACCACUACGGCCGCCUGUUGAUGAGACAUCUCAGUUUGGUGGAUAUUAUUCUCACUCAACAGGAGAUGUGUAUCACCAACCGUCUGGUCCACAGACCAAUCGCAACCCAAGUUCUGAUGAGUCUUCUCGAAUGCACAGCAAGAUGCGAACAUUUACUUCACAAACGGCUCAACACAUUCAUCCUAACAAUUUGUAA